GAAGGAUCAUGCAUUUUGUGGCGUACACGUGAUGAGACUAAUUCCUUCCCCUCACUCAUUCGGCUUAUCUCACAAUCGACAUCAGAGCUGCGUCUCACCCUCACUCACGUUUCGUAUGAAAUCUCACAACAACAUCGUGAGCACCCUCUCACUCAAUCGCAACAAUGGGCCCUAUAUUCACCGGGCUCAUCGCCCUACCGCUCCUCUGGAUCGCCUCUCAACUAUGGAACCUCUACACAAACUACAAAGUAGCUCUCACCGUAGGCCUGCCGAUUAUAAUAUGCCCGUAUGACCCAGAAAAUCUCAUCCACGUCGUCACCUCUGUCCCUCUCCGCCCUCUUUUUAAACGCCUUCUCCCUGCAACCUUCUUCGCCACCGUAGAACUCACCAUCGUGGGCUGGGAGUUCCGCGACAAGUCCGCCGUCCACGAUCGCGUCGGGCCGGCUUUCAUGCUUGUCACCACGGGCCUCAACCAGCUUAUCUGCGCCGACCCAACCAUGGCGCACGCCAUUUUGAACGGGCGACGGGAGUUUGUCCAGCCAGAUAUCGUGUGCAAGGUCAUGGGGUUCUUGGGUUCUAACAUCCUGACUUCCAAUGGUGAGUCCUGGUCCCGCCAAAGACGCAUCGUUGCCCCAGUCCUCAACGAACGAAUCAGCCCAGAAGUCUACAAAGCAACAGCCAAACAAGCAGAAUCCCUCGUCAAUCACAUUCUCUCCCCUCCCUCUUCCUCCUCCCCCACAAACACAACCUCAACAGCAGCAACAACAUCAACCACAAUCCAAGGCCUCCGCACAAUCGCAAUAAACGUCCUCACAAAAAUAGCGUACGGCGACAACAAACCCUUCGCAAUCACCCCCCUCCCACGCGACCCCUCUGCAUCCAUGACCUAUGUCGACGCAAUCUCUCUCUGCACCGAACUUCUCGACCUCGCUGCGUUCAUCCCAAUCCGUAUCCUGCGUCUCCCAUUCAUGUCCAACGUAGUCCAGACUUUAGGGGCUGCGUUACAUAGAUUACCUGGGCUCACGGUGGAUAUGCUGGAUCGGGAGAGGCAGCGGUUGGCCGAGGCAUCCUCUUCGUCUCUGGGUGGUGCUUUGGACGAGAUGGUGACGACUACGGCGACGGUUGGAAAGACGGAUACGAUUAUGAGUAUGCUUGUACGCCUUUCAGAUCAGGAAAAGAGUCGCAUCGACAGUUCGGAAAAGAAUCCUCCCGUAAAGAGCACCACCAGCAACAAUAAUCCUAAAUCAUACCUCACAGAAGAAGAAAUCGCAGGUAACCUCUUCAUCUUCACCGCCGCUGGCUUCGACACGACGGCAAACACCCUAGCAUACGCCGUCACCCUCCUCGCAGCGUACUCAGAGUGGCAAGCUUGGAUCCAGGCCGAGCUCGACGCCAUUCUGGGCCCUCCCACGCCAUCACCAUCGUUCUCGUCGGGGCAGGUGGAGCGAGAACUGCCGGACUACAGCAUCGUCUUUCCGAAGCUCACGCGGUGUCUUGCUGUUAUGUUCGAAACCCUUCGACUCUUCCCGCCCUUGACCCAUCUAAUGCGCUCAAACACAACAACCCAAACCCUCCCCAGCCAAAUCUCAACAUCAACGACACCGACCUCAACCUCAGCCUCGAUACCAUCAUCAUCGCCCUCCACAAUACCCGCGACAUCCUACACAAUCCCCCCAUGCACAGUCUACAUCAACACAGUAGCCCUCCACACCUCCCCGCAAACCUGGGGGGCCGACGCCCUAGCCUUCAAACCAACGCGAUGGCUUACACCCCAGACAUCACCAUCAUCGGCAUUAUCAUCACCACCGCAACCUCACAUCCAACCCCCCCGCGGCGCAUUUCUCCCUUGGUCCUCAGGUCCCCGCACCUGUCCAGGCCAAAAAAUGGCUCAAGUCGAAUUCGUCACCGUCAUCGCGACACUCUUCCACAAAUGUACCGUCGAGCCUGUCCUCGAAGACGAUAGUAGUAGCGCUGAACCAGCAACCGAGAACGCGACCAAGGCUCGAAAGAGACUUUCAAACUUGAUGCAGGAUAGUCAGCCUCGGUUGACAUUACAGAUGAAUCGUCCCAAGGAUGUGCGGCUACGGUGGACGAGACGGUAAAGGAGGCUAGGUAAGGUGUACAUAUCGACAAAGGCCACAGGAUAGUAUACUAGGUGCAUAUAAAUUCAUGAAAAGAAUAUUCCAAGUUAUAUUUUGAUGGAUGAAGGAAUACCCUGGAGCAUGGUCUUUCACAGACACAAGUGCUUUGUCAUGCUUUUUCGCUUGCAGCUGUCCAACGCCUUCCCACCCGUUCUGCCGCCGGGCUUCAAAUACCCCGGCGGGUUUUCAAUUC